AUGGCAUACGUAAAAGAUCUCAGUGAUAUACCGUUGAAACCUCUCCAGGAGACUUUCGUCGACGACCCAACCUCACUUGAAGAAAUCUACAUUGACGAAUUAAUCUUCGAUCUUGAGCACAAGCUCAAGAACAUCAACAAGCUCUCCAUUUUCCAUGCCAUCUAUAUCCUUUCUCAGCUGGUUCAAAACAUCAUCAAGCUCCAGUCGGAUCCGGUUUUGUUCCAGCAGUUCAAGAAUGAGCAGUUGGCCAACCACGAAUUCACGCGUGUUUCGCUGCAUUCCUUGUUGCGGUCUCAUACGCCUCCGUUAUCGCCUCCAUUGAAGUUUGCCAAGUUGUCUCAGCCAAUUUACCCUCAGUAUUCGUUUAAGGAAUCGACACCAGACUCUUUGGCUAAUGAAGAAGUAACGCCAGACUCUAUUGAAGAACAAGAACCGAAGGAGCCUCCGUAUAUCCCCAUCAAGCAGUUGGUGAAGGAACUCAAGCUUGACCCGGUUUCAGAUCCUGUCACUAACUUGAAUCUCGACAGCUUCAAGAAAGAAGUUCUAUUCAACAGAGACUCUAAGCGUAUCGAGCAGAAUCAGCACCUUCUCAAAAUCUUCAAUCUUGUCAAGGUGCCACCUCUUACCAUCGAUGAGUUCUUGCUCCGAAUCAAGACGUACUCAUCUAGCAUUUCGGUGCUGGCCUACAUCCACACGGCAUCAAUGAUGUUCAAACUCUGCAUUCUUCUUGACAUCAUCCCCCUCAGUCCGGUCAACGUGUACCGGUUCAUUUUGGCUUCCUUGCGCUGCUCCACUAAGAAGUUGGAGGAUGUGUACCAAAAACAGAAAUCGUUUGCUACCGUCGGUGGAGUGUCCACACGGGACUUGUACCGUUUGGAAGUGGGCUUUCUUUAUCUAUGCAACUUCAAGUUGGUUCUUGGUGAGGCAACGCUCAACAAGUUCUUGAACCAGGACUUUGUCGACUUGCACACCUUCGUCAAGGAAAACUACCAAAGCUAG